AUGCAGUUCCUAGUGGCGGUGAUUCUACCUUUGACCACUCUUGCGCAACAAUAUGGAACGUGUACAGCCAGGAAUGGCCGUGGUGGAGAAUGUAUUAACACCAAAACAUGUGCAAACAGCGGUGGAACCUCGGAUCCGGCCAAUCUCUGCCCCGGUGACAAUUCGAUCCAGUGCUGCACAUAUGGCACAUGCAAGAAUAGCAAGGGUGUCACGGGCAUAUGUCAGCCAACUUCAACUUGUAAGGGAAGCUCCGAUCCGGCCAAUCUCUGCCCUGGUGGCAACCAUAUUCAAUGCUGCACGGUAGGGUCUACUCCGACUGGUCCUGGCACCAGUAAACCAAUUAACACGAUGCUCACGGGUUUAGCCGACAUUCUUCGUGGCGCCGGUCUCAAAGUGGUCGAGGUUGCCGGCUGGAAGACUCGUGGUCAUGGUGUGAUGGCGUCUGUGAAGGGUAUUAUUGUUCAUCACACGGCAGGCUCAUCGACGGGCGACUAUCCCUCGCUAGCAACCGUUCGUGACGGUACGUCUGGCCUUGCCGGUCCAAUCGCACAACUCGGACUAGGCCGCUCAGGAACUUGGUUUGUCAUUGCAGCAGGUCGUUCCUAUCACGCCGGCAACACCCUCGAUGACUCCAUAUAUGGAAAUAACAACGCAAUUGGUAUCGAGGCCGAAGGAGUUGGUUUGCCAGCUACCGAUAGUGGACAUGCACACUGGCCGGAAGUGCAAUACCAGAGCUAUGUGAAAGGAGUCAAAGCUCUCCAAAAAGCUUACGGUGUGCCUACUGCUCGUGUGUUGGGACAUAAGGAGGCGGCGGUACCAAAAGGCCGCAAGAUCGAUCCCAAUUUCUCUAUGGCUGAGUUUCGCGCUAAACUUGGCUAA